AUGCAUUUGCUUUAUAAUAAGAAAACUAUUAUAAUCCAUAAUCAGGGGGCUGUAACGUUACGCAGAGCUCAAAGCGAAAGCAGGAGGAGCGCGGGCGAGCACGACGAGCACGCGAACCAGGCGAACGGAGCGCGACCAGCGAACGGCGAGCGCGAACCAGGCGAACGGCGAGUCCGAAAGCCAGCCAACGAAGCGCGACGGCGCCCUAAACUCAAAAACGACUUCCUCUUCGAUUACACCGAACUCAAAAACCGAGUUUGCCGCGAGUUUGAUAACCUUGGUCGUAACCCUUGCUUGAUUACUGUUUCAAAGUGCAAUCGCGUGAUGUCGAGGAUUUGUAUGAAGAAUCUUCUUAAACAUGUUGCGGAGGAUGAACUACGGGAAUUCUUUUCUGAGAAAGGAAUAAUCACUGACGUCAAGCUCAUGCGUACCAAAGAUGGUAAGAGUAGGCAAUUCGCGUUUACAGGGUAUCGAACAGAAAAGGAAGCUCAUGAAGCCAUUCGAUAUUUCAAUAAUUCUUUCCUUCGCACAUCUAAAAUUACAUGUGAGGUAGCUCGAAAACUUGGGAUGAAAAUCUUCCUCGUCCAUGGAGUCGCCAUUCGAAGAAAAAAGACGACAAAGGGACUGUGCCGGAUGUGGGGAAACCUAGCUAAGGGCUGGAAAGAAAAUUUGAAGAAUGGUGUGGAUGUUGAUGACCCACAGCUUCCGGAUUUUCUUCAGGUCAUGCAGCCUCGGGUUAACUCUAAGAUGUGGGCAAAUGAUACUUCCGGUUUGACCAGUGUUGGCAACAACAGAGCAGUCUCAAAUAAGGAUAAUGAAGGUGCAUCAGUUUCAACUGAUGACAGUGGCUCAUUGGAAGAUGGAUUUCUGGAUAUUUCCGAACCCAGUGGCAAGUCACAUGAGCCUGACCGUGAUGAGGUCAUUUCAUAUAUGGAUUAUUUCAAGAGUAGGGUGACAAAAGAGUGGUCUGAUUCUGAAAGUAGUCACGAAGAUAAUCACGGCAAUGAUGAUAAUGAUGCCUCAUCUAAUGACAAUGAUGACAAAGAUGAUAAUAGUAGUGUUAAUGAAGAUGGAAAAAGAAGUCAUCCAAGAAAUCAUGCUCGAGAGGUAGACGUAGAGGGCAAAGAAGAUACUAGUAGAGAGAAGGUUACCCAUGAAAAAUCUCAACUAAAUGUGAUUGAGCAUGGGAGCCGAUUAUCAAAAACAGAAGAUGUGAAAGGAGUUUUUGAGUCCUGUCGGUUGUUUGUCCGUAAUCUUCCAUACACGACCACUGAGGAGGAACUGGAAGAACAUUUCAGUCACAUUGGUAGUAUCUCACAGAUUAAAAGCUUAAGGUUGCCAAUGAAGUUUGGAAGCCAUAGAGGCUUUGCUUUUGUAGAGUAUGUUACUCAGCAGGAGGCACAAAAUGCUCUCAAAGCACUUUCAAGCACCCAUCUCUAUGGGAGACGUCUGGUGAUAGAGAGAGCGAAAGAAGGUGAGAGUUUGGAAGAACUGCGAGCACGAACAGCUUCUCAAUUUAGUGACAACCACAAUGGAUUUCAAGCUAUUAAAUUAUCCAAGAAAAGAAAGGACGUUGACAUCUUAGAUGAAGGGAAGAUGAAGUUUGGAAGAUUUGAUGACUAAACAGUUUUUGUGCAUAUGUCCUGAAAAUUCUGGGAUCACAAUUUUGUCAUAGGUUCUAAGAUAUCGCAUACCAUCUCAAGUGUUAAACAGCUUCUAACAUUAGUUUUGUAUUCUGUAUCCAUAAUUCAAUCUCCUAUAAAAUUUUGUUCUCUUAUU